AUUUACAGAGCACUGUUUACAGAGCACUCUCUCUCUCUCUCUCUCUCUCUCUUCAUCAGUUCUGCUUGGGGGGUAAGGUCCCCAAAAUUUCAACCUUUCAACUUGAUUGCGUGAUUGACCGAGUUCCAGUUUAUCCUUUCUUAAUCGGACUUCUCUCAAAGCUCCUAACUUCAAAGCCAAGACUCUGAUCCACUUUUAUUAAACAACAAUCCAAAACUUGUCUAUUUUUCACAUCCUCUUCAUAUUCAUUCUCUGGAUACCCCAUCUAGGUUUCUUGAUCCAAAAUUCUCCUCCACUUUUCCCCUGAAUAUCCAGCAUAUUUCUGCACAAUCCUUCUGAUUUGUCAUCUGGGUCUUGUUCCUUUUCCAUCUUUUUCUCAGAUAAGUCAACUUAAUUUCUGAUCCAAGCCUUAAAGUUUCUCUCUUUCCUGAAAAUUAGUCAUUGAAAGAUAUGGGUGCUUGUCUUAGCAAAGGCAAAACUUCAGAGACAACACAAAAUGGUUACAGAUCAGGAGGUGCUUCUGGCAUGCACUACCAAAAAACCCAUGAAGUGGUUCACCAAUCCAGAGCCCCAGUCCAACAACCCCACCAAUUGCCUGAAAGGAGGGCCCAGCCGGCUCAGCCCGCCCCGCCGCCGGCGUCAAGGCCAUCUUUUCCGGUUCCAAGCCCAAAGCCUGUCCACCGGCCAGAUACAAUUCUUGGCAAACCAUAUGAGGAUGUUAAGCAGUUGUAUAGCAUUGGCAAAGAAUUGGGUAGAGGUCAAUUUGGGGUAACUUAUCUUUGUACUGAGAAUUCAACUGGCAGGCAGUAUGCUUGCAAGUCUAUAUCCAAGAGGAAGCUUGUUAGUAAGAAUGAUAGGGAGGAUAUAAAGAGAGAGAUUCAGAUUAUGCAGCAUUUGAGUGGGCAGCCCAACAUUGUUGAGUUUAAGGGCGCUUAUGAGGAUAAGCAAUCAGUGCAUGUUGUUAUGGAGCUAUGCGCUGGUGGUGAGCUCUUUGAUAGGAUUAUUGCUAAGGGUCAUUACAGUGAAAGGGCUGCUGCUUCAAUAUGCAGGGCAAUUGUUAAUGUUGUGCAUAUCUGCCACUUCAUGGGCGUGAUGCAUAGGGAUCUUAAGCCUGAGAAUUUUUUGUUAUCUGCCAAGGAUGAGAGUGCACUUCUGAAGGCCACGGAUUUCGGGUUGUCGGUCUUCAUUGAUGAAGGAAAGGUGUACCGGGAUAUAGUGGGAAGUGCUUAUUAUGUUGCUCCUGAAGUACUUCGGCGCAGAUAUGGGAAAGAAAUAGAUAUUUGGAGUGCAGGAGUUAUCUUGUAUAUAUUACUCAGUGGUGUACCUCCAUUUUGGGCUGAGACGGAGAAGGGGAUAUUUGAUGCUAUAUUGGAAGGAGAUAUUGACUUUGAAAGUAGUCCAUGGCCAUCUAUAUCAAACAGUGCCAAGGACCUCGUCCGGAAGAUGCUAACGCAGGACCCAAAGAAAAGGAUUACUUCUGUCCAGGUUCUAGAGCACCCAUGGAUUAGAGAAGAUGGAGAAGCAUCAGACAAGCCAAUAGACAGUGCCGUCCUUUCCAGGAUGAAGCAAUUCAGAGCAAUGAACAAACUAAAGAAACUUGCACUGAAGGUCAUUGCUGAAAAUCUUUCUGAGGAAGAAAUCCAAGGGCUCAAGGCAAUGUUUACAAACAUGGAUACCGAUAAAAGUGGCACAAUCACCUAUGAGGAACUGAAGGCUGGGUUGGCUCGGCUGGGCUCAAAGCUUUCAGAGACUGAAGUCCAGCAGCUCAUGGAAGCUGCUGACGUAGACGGGGAUGGGUCCAUUGACUACAUUGAAUUUAUCACUGCUACAAUGCAUAGACACAAGCUAGAAAGAGAUGAUCAUCUUUACAAGGCUUUUCAAUAUUUUGAUAAGGAUAGUAGCGGGUUUAUUACCAGGGAUGAACUAGAGGCGGCCAUGAAAGAAUAUGGAAUGGGUGAUGAUGACACGAUCAGGGAAAUAAUAUCCGAAGUUGAUACAGAUAAUGAUGGCAGGAUCAACUACGACGAAUUCUGUACUAUGAUGAGAAGUGGAAACCAACAGCAGGGCAAGCUCUUCUAGAUCAACAGAUGUUCUUGCUGCUUAACCCAUCUCAGACGGUUAUAUUUGCUUUCCUAAUCCUCAUCGAGUGUAAACAUCUGCCUCGUAAAGCUUGUAAAGCUUCCAAAUUUGUAUUGUUUUUGAGUGGUGCAAGAGUUGUGCAUAAGUAAUCACCAUACUCCUUAAAAAAAAUUUCUAUGUAUUUCCCUCAAUUUGUGAUGGGAAAUGUUGAUGUUUGGAGGACAGACUAUUUGAAGAGGAUGAUAUUGUUGUUUUCCUUUGUAGGGUAUGCGCAUAACUACCCUUUGGACAGGUUUUGAUGAAGGGAUUGCUAGCAGUUCCAAUAAGAAAGUAUAAAAUGUGGGAUUUGUUUGGAA